AUGGACAAGCCAGCACAGGUGGCUCGCUUCUCACUAUCCAGCUUAGCAGCACUACACUCAAGCUCGUUCACUCAAGGUUUCAGCAAUGGAGAACAACAGGCAGCAGCUCACAUGUUACUCAAGCAUGAAGCCCACGUUGACGGUACUCACUAUCAUACCCGAAAGCCUGGUGGCCUCCAUCCGUCUCAUAUCGCCUUCAAUUCAUACAUGUCAUCAAACAAACAAUCCAUCACACAAGAAGAUUUCCUUAACGCAGCAUUACAAGACCUGUUUGAUGCAAUCACAAUGCAAGAUUGUCUUGAUGGUGGAAUUUCCAUCCUCAUGCGUUGUGCUGGUUCUGAAGCCUCAGAAAUGCUGUCUCCAGAACACUUCACUGUCGAUCUGUACAUUACACCAUGGGAAUAUCGUGAAACACCAGAGUGGAUUUGGGGAGAUUUAUCGGCCUUACACACUAAAUUCCAUUACUCAACAGGUGCUGCAAAAAAUCAUCAAAAGCAUUGUUCCGAUGUUCGUGCAGUGAUCCACCACAAAAUUCAGAAGGGACUUGUGGCAAUCACUAAGGACGAAAACAUGAAGAUGCACUGGGCAAAUUAUUUCCGCAACAAUAUCCAGCACUAUCAAGUUGUUAUUGAAGGCUGGCCUGCUAACAUCCCUUUUGUCAACCUCAGCCAAGCCUUGAGCGCUGUCACGAGUACCUUUAACAAACCAUUAUUCUUUCCUAAAUCUUCCUAA